GUCCGGAUUAGGAUGUACGCGAUUCCGCGAUUAUUGAUUUCAUGUUCAGCUCCCGCUCCGGGGGCCCUGCAUUUUCGAAGUGAUGAUAACCUCGUUGACUCCGCCCCUUGGGCUGUCCAGCACUGCGAUUUCUUGCGAGCAUACCGAGUCCAACCAACACUAACAGUUACUCCAUUUUGAAGUUUGAGAAAAACUACGCAGUAUACCGCUUCGCUUCGAACACCCACAAGCACUCACCCACCGGCGAUACCAUCAACACGCACAUCUCCACCCCUCAGCUCCCACCCCUCACCGCACCACACCACAUCACACCCCAUCCUUCUCCAACAAUGCCUCCCCACCAACAAGACCAACAACCACCAACAAUAACACCACCCCCCACCCUCCCCCACCCCCUCCUCCCUAGACAAGACUUCCUUUCCUACAACCAAAACGACAUCUCCUCCAUCUACGCCCUCAUCUCCUCCCUGUACGACCCAGCCCUCUACUCAGCAUACACCUACGACUACAACUCCGUCUACUCCUCCCUUUUAUCCGAAUUCGCAACCUUGUAUCCCUCGUAUAGUCUACCGACGGAUAUAAACGAGUUCCUAGCGACAGCGACGGCGACGGAUGGCGCGCCCUCGACAAGGAGGACGAGGGUUGAUGGAGGCCCGACGGCGACGGGGACGGGGGCUGCGUUGAGUAAUGUCAACAAUAACAACGGCAACGGCAAUAACAACGGCAGCAACGACAACAAUGGAAACGCAGCAGGUCUCUCCACGGGCGCAAAAAUCGGCAUCGGCGUCGGUGUGCCCCUAGCCGUGGGCCUCAUCGUCGGUAUCGCCGUAUUUCUCUGGUGCGCGCGGAAGCGCAAAGGGAGGAGCAAUGGCUUCGCGCAACCGGGACCGCAACAGGGGAAUUUCGUCGCUCAGGGUCAGCUCCCCCAGCAGCAGCAACAGCAGAUCUACGCGCCCGGGCCGCAAGGAUAUAUACAAGGCUAUCCGGCCUCGUCACCGCCGCAGCAGACGCCGCCGCCCAUGUACAUGGUACCGCAUGGACAGGAGCAGGGGCAGGUGCAGGCGCAGUAUGCGGCGUAUCCGAAAGAGAUGGUUCCUCAGGCUGUGGAGCUGGAGCAGGAGUACCAUUUUGCGAGACCCGGGGUUGUGGAGAUGGAUUCGGGGACGCCGGGGGAAGGGCAGCGGUAGCAGCCGGGAGGGAGAUGAAGGUCGUGAGGGCCUGUGUGUACGAGAGGUUCGUUACCUGGGAGAGGUAGGGCCCGCAUUUGGGAUGCUCGGGGCCGGAGAGAGAGGGCGCUAGUGGAGAGGGAAAAGAUAGAGGAGGAUAGGGGGCCGCGGGUGCAGGGAGGUUAGAUUGUAGAACACAGGAGCCAAGUUAAGCACCUUAUUGACUGGUUGCGGUUUUAUGUGGGAGGUACGAAAGCCGGUCUGCGAUGUUGAAUAUCCCAUGUGGCCUGAAAGAGCUUUAGGAAUCGAUAUAGAGACAUGCGCAAAUGGAUUGCAUAGAUGCGGAGCAGGAUAGCGCAUCUAGACCUCGAAACGACGAAACGGGAACAUUGCUUGUCAAAUGAUGGAUUAGUCUAGGCGAAUGCAAGCAUCAUAAACCGCUAGGAUCAUAUGCAAAGUAUAUAUAAGCAGCGAAGCCUUCUUUAAAUAAGAUCUAUGCCUCGUU